AUGGUUGCCGGACGAUUACUCUUUGCCAGCAUCCUCGCGCUGAGUCAGGGCACCCUCGGCCUGGCUGCAAGCGCUGGUGCAACUGUAUCAACACCAUUUCCGACGAGUGUGAAGCUCAACUCCACGCUUAACGGGUUUAUCGACAAUGCCCAGAUCACGGGGACUGCUCUCAAGCUCCAGGGUGAAGCCUCGGACCUUCUGAAAGACAUCAAGAACGGAGCCUUCGAAGCCGGCAAAGUUUCCAGCAUCGACCCGGCUGACCAGGAAAAGAUCGCCGAUGCAAUUGUCCCUCUUUCGGAGAAUGUUGUCUCUUUGAUCAACGGUUUUGUUGCCAAGAAGCCUGUCUUCCAGAAGGCUGUUUUAGGGGGCUCCGCCGACGGUCUGGUCGAGAAGGACCUGCGGGAUCUGAAGGAGGCCACGGACAGCUUGGGCCAGACAGCUCUCAAGUCUUUUUCGGGGACUCCAAAAGACAAGGCAACUUCUGUUCUGAAGGAGUUUGAUGAGCAUUUUGCCAACGCCAUCAAGACUUUCUCUAUUUAA